UCCCCCCCUUCUCUCUUUUACCACUACAUUAUCAUGCUUGGUGCUUUGAAUCGUUUUGCUGUUGAGAGACCUGUUAUUUUCUGGUCAUUUGUUCUUGGCACUGCUGGACCUAUCAUGGUUUGGACUGUUCCCAAGGUUAGACGCGAAUAUUUUGGAUUCAAGGGCUAUGAACCUCUUCCUGUUACAUAUCCUCUUCCUAACCGUGCUCGUAAGCCCACCACUGGAUAUGAAGAUUAAAUUCACAGCAACCAACAUCUUAUUUAAAAUACGCAUCACAUCAUUUACUUUUAUGUGUAUAGAACAGCAAAAAAAAAAAAAAUAAAAAAAAAAGAAAUCAAGAAAAAAGCAGCAUUCUGUGUUUAUGCAGAUUCUUCUUUCCAGGGAUUACUGUGCUAAUGAGAUUAAUCAAGUAGCCGAAAUUAUUGUUGUUCUGAAAUGACAGUUUCUAAUAUAAAAAUAGAAUUAACCUUAUUCUAUACAACAUAUUUUCUAGAUUUAUAAGCAUCC